AUGACAGUUGAAUAUGUAGAUUCAUCAUCAACACCUGAAAAACUUGUUUUAUUAGUAUUCAUUAUUGCUAUUGUUAUUGGAAAUAUCUGUGUGUUUAUCACGUUUAUUGCGCAUGCUGAUGGAAAACAUUGGUCAAAUAUGUUUAUAUUAGGUAUGGCGUUUCUUGAUUUGUUUAUCGGUGGUUUCGUUCUUCCUAUGCGUUUUAUAAGCGCUUACGUAAACCCGUUAACACAAAAAUUAUGUGCUGCAUUAAGAAUUGGUGAAUCCUGUGCUUUGGCAGCUGUUAUAUAUGCAAUUCUUUUCAUGAUAUAUACUCGUUUAUAUAGCUUAAAACAACCAUCACCAAAUAUUCGUCGUCGUUAUAUUCUAUUAUUAUUAAUAAUAUCAUGGAUUAUUUUAUUUCUUUUUUAUGGUAUUCCAUUUAUGACAAAUUAUGUUUUACCAUUAAUAUCAACAACAUCAAAUAUAACAUCAUAUUGUACAACUUAUUCAGCAUCCAUUUAUCAUCCACCAUGGAUGGCUUAUACAGAAAUAGGAAUUAUUUAUUCAUUACCAUUAAUAUUUAUUUUUAUAGGUUUAAUUUAUCUUCUACAUUAUUUAUGUCAACCACGACCAAAACAAUUGGAAUCAGCUGAAAGAAGAAUAUAUCUUGAACAAAGACAAAUGACAUGGCAUAUUUUUUUAUUAGGCAUAACAUUUAGUUUUCUUUGGCUUCCUUGGAUUUCAAUUCGUAUUCUCAUUAUUUUUCGUCAUACAUACGAAAUUCAACGUACUUUGCAAAUAACUUAUUAUAUACUUAUACUUAAGUCUUUAAUCUUUCCCUUAGUAUAUGCAUCAACAAAUUCAUCAUUUCGUGGUUCAUUCGCUAUUUAUAGACAUCAACGGGUAAUUAUGAAUACUCGUGUAUGGGCAAUUAAUGAACAAUUUCGAUAUUCAAAUCAACGUCAACGUGGAUAUUAA